AUGCAACUUAGACCUCCUUGGAGAAUAGGGUCGCAGUUGUUGGGCCGGCUCGACUUUCACGAGACUCAGGGCAUGACCAUGAUUGGAGCGGCCAAAGAAGCCAAAGGAAGAACCGCUAGAGGAAACAACACUAAAUUGAACCGCCUACAGUCCCGGCCGGGCUCCGCCUUGGACAGCGAUAUCAAACCAGAUGGCGCGGCGUACCGCAAUGGCAGCGUUGCUAUUCCGUCUGAGAACUGGCGUAUAGAGCGUUUCCGGAAGCGUGGGAUUGCCCUCCUCCCUUCUGAACUUCGCAUCGCCGCCGAGCCGAUGGGGGUUGGUCCGUCCUAA